UCAGUGGGGCGACUCCACACUCAGGCAGCAAUAUUUCGCGUGGAAGGAACAUAACGAAAACAGAAAACUGAUUAUUGAACUGAAAAACGGAUUAUUUAAUUGUGAUUUUAAGUAUCUAGUGAUUGAUUGAUCGACUGGGAAGAAGCGACAAAAAAACGUUAAAACUGAAUUCUUGAGAAAUAGUGAUGACAGUUUUAUGAACACAUUUCGUAAAAUUGGAUGAGGUGAUGAUCUUGCGAGUUUAGUAAAAUUAUCAGAAGCAGUGAUUAAAGUGAUAUACAUCAUUAGAGUAAAAUAGAAUGGCUUAAUUCAAGAGCAGUAAAAUCGGCAAUUGAAACCUUGUGAUGCAUUUGUUGAUGUUUAAAAUAUGCUUUAUAAAUUAACUGAUAAGAUUGAGAUCGCUUUUGUGACUUAAAAUUUAGCUCUACAGCCCACAAAUAUACUCGUAUUGGCUUCGUUUUAAUUAAUGCGAAACGGAAGAAUACAUUUCUAAUCUACUAUAUCAAAGAAAACGGAGAGACGACCAAGGUAGAGAGAAAACGGGAAACUGAGAGGGUACUCUAUAGUAGAAAAUAAGGAAACGCCAGAACAUCGAUCACAGUCGCUCAGCCAAUAAAGCAAAACCAAAAACCCAGACACACGAGUAAUUAGAAAGAAGAAGAAGAAAAAAAGAAAAAUAAAUAAACAAAAACAUCAACAUGGUUCGUCUGACGCUAACCCGAAGUGUACUGUUAAGUGUCUUGGUUAUGGAAACAUUAUAUUUAAUGAUGUCACUGCAGAGAUUAGCUGAGUUGGAAGAGCACUGUGCAGCCGAUGAGGGUGUGCAUGUGGAGGGGCAUGACAUUAAGAAAAAAGCCUGGCCGCCCUUGUAUGUGAUCACACCCACGUACAGACGCAACACGCAGAUGGCUGACAUGACCCGGAUGUCACAAACUCUGAUGCUUGUCCCGAAUUUGCACUGGAUCGUCGUGGAAGACGCGGAGAAGACGAGCCAGGUGGUGCGGGACCUUCUGGACAGGACAGGCAUGCCCUAUACCCACUUGUGCGCCACGAUGCCCGAUGAGUAUAAGGAUCAGAAGAGCAUGGGAAAAGGUGUCUUUAACAGGAGGGAAGGGUUACGGUGGCUCAGAGAGAAUGCACAUGAGGGCGUCCUGUACUUUGCUGAUGAUGAUAACGCCUACGAUAUCAGGCUGUUCGAGCAGAUGAGGACGACGAAAAGGGCCUCCGUGUUCCCCGUCGGGAUGAUCCUGAGCUACGGAGUCAGCGCACCCAUCGUCAGGAAUGGGAGGGUCAUCGGAUUCCAUGACGCUUUCCAGGCUGGGCGCAAAUUCGCUGUCGACAUGGCGGGUUUUGCAGUGAAUCUACGGGUUUUGCACGCCAGCCCCCAGGCCACCAUCCCGCUCCGCCUCUCGUACCUCGAGGACGGCUUCCUGAAGGCGCUCAGGCUCGAGCUGGAGGAUCUAGAGCCUCUGGCGUCCGAAUGCACGGAGGUGAUGGUGUGGCACACGAAGACCCACAAGCCAGCCACGCCCAACCCAGAACACAUUUCUCACGCCGAUUUCGACACCAAUCUGCCCGAUCUUUACCGGAAAAUCUUGCGUUGAAGGGGACGUGUCCUGCGCUGUUUGGGGAAAGUGUUGUACGCUCGUGGACCCCGUGGUGGUGUUAAGGUUUGCAGUGGGUGACGUCGGUGCGGAAUAAAG